AUGGAGAUCGCGCUGGUAACGCUGGAGAACGGAGGCGCCACCGCAGUCAGAGGCGGCGGCGGCGACGAUGGCGCGGCCGGUGCAGGCGGUAGGGCGCCGCGGCGUAGGGGAGACCUGCUCCCGCUGCCCACCCCGCUGCCCUGGCUGAGCGAGUGCGGGAGCGAGGAGGGCUGCCCCCCGCCCGAAGAGCGCGAGGACGACGCAGCGGCGGCGGCGGCGGCGGCGGCGGGAGCCUGGCGUUCGCCGAACAGCAUCCUGCGCAGGGAGCCGCCGCCGUUGUCGCCGCCGCCGUUGCCGCCGCCGCCGCGGGGCCUGCUCCCGCCGGAGGAGACCGCGCUGGCGGCCGAGGAAGGCGGGCACCGCUUGGGCAUGGCCAUGGCCCGGGCGCCCUCCUGCAGCCACGCUUCUGCCGCCGCCGCCGCGGCGGCUGCUGUGGAGGACGACGACGAGGCGGCGGCGGCGGCGGCGGGCGAGAGCGCCCUGCGCGGCCAGCAGCGGGUGCUCAUCAACAUCUCCGGCCUGCGCUUCGAGACGCAGCUGGGCACCCUCAACCAGUUCCCGGACACGCUGCUGGGCGACCCCGAGAAGCGCAUGCGUUACUUCGACCCCCUGCGAAACGAGUACUUCUUCGACCGCAACCGGCCGAGCUUCGACGGCAUCCUGUACUUCUACCAGUCGGGGGGCAAGCUCCGGCGGCCCGUCAAUGUCUCCAUCGACGUCUUCGCCGACGAAAUCCGCUUCUACCAGCUCGGCGAGGAGGCCAUGGAGCGGUUCCGGGAAGACGAGGGCUUCAUCAAGGAGGAGGAGAAGCCCCUCCCCAGCAACGAGUUCCAGCGCCAGGUGUGGCUCAUCUUUGAGUACCCCGAAAGCUCCAGCUCGGCCCGAGGCAUUGCCAUCGUCUCCGUGCUGGUCAUCCUCAUCUCUAUCAUCACCUUCUGCCUGGAAACACUGCCCGAGUUCCGAGAUGAGCGGGAGCUCCAUGUGCCCCUUCUCCUUGCACUGAACGGCACAUCUGGAGACGUCCCCCAGCAGCAGCCUCCCAGCACCCUGACUGACCCCUUCUUCAUCAUUGAGACCACUUGCGUCAUCUGGUUCACCUUCGAGCUGCUGGUGCGCUUCUUUGCCUGCCCCAGCAAGCCUGAGUUCUCCAGGAACAUCAUGAACAUCAUCGACAUCGUAGCCAUUAUCCCUUACUUCAUCACUCUGGGCACAGAGCUGGCUCAAGAGCAGCAGAAGAAGGAGCAACCAGGCAGCACCAGCAAUGGCGGCCAGCAGCAAGCCAUGUCCUUGGCUAUCCUGAGAGUCAUCCGCCUGGUCAGGGUCUUCAGGAUCUUCAAGCUCUCCAGACACUCCAAGGGGCUGCAGAUCCUGGGGCAGACUUUGAAAGCCAGCAUGAGGGAACUGGGGCUUCUCAUCUUCUUCCUUUUCAUUGGGGUAAUCCUCUUCUCCAGUGCGGUGUAUUUUGCGGAGGCCGAUGACCCUGAAUCACAUUUCUCCAGCAUCCCCGAUGCCUUCUGGUGGGCAGUGGUCACUAUGACCACAGUGGGUUAUGGAGAUAUGAGGCCUGUCACUGUAGGGGGCAAGAUCGUGGGCUCCUUGUGCGCCAUUGCUGGCGUGCUCACCAUUGCCCUCCCUGUCCCUGUUAUUGUGUCUAACUUCAACUAUUUCUAUCACCGAGAAACUGACCAUGAGGAGCAGGCCAUCCUCAAGGAUGAGUCAAGUAGUGUGCAAGGCAGCUCAGCUGGGGACUUGAAGAGACGGGCUAGUAAAAACUCAUUGGACAAAUCUGUUGUGCACUUGGAGAAUGCUGAGGGGAUCAACAAUGGCACUGGAUCUGUAGAGAAAGCCAAAAUCAAAGCUAAAAGCAGUGUAGAUCUUAGAAAAUCUCUCUAUGCACUCUGCUUGGAUACCAACAGGGAAACAGACUUGUAAGACAAGUGAAAUAGAAAGGAAAUAGAGUUUGCUUGAUGGAAUU